AAAUGUAAUAUAAGUUGAAUAUAUUUAAUUUCUUCGUUUUCUCUUAAACUAGGAGGAAGGUGUCACCUGGUUUGUGGUAGCCAGGAUAGCUAGCCUUUCAGAAGGACUGCAGAGUGUGGAUCUGCUGCUAAGCAUUUAAAGAUGAAUUCCAGCACCUGCACCAACUGUGCAACGGUACAUGAUCUGGCCUUUGCCAGCAGCUACUCACUGAUCUUUAUGAUAGGCCUCCUGCUGAACUCCACAGCUCUGUACAUUUUUAUCUUUGGAGAUGUUGUCUGCUCCAUCACCACCAUCUACAUGAAGAACCUAGUGGUCUGCGAUCUUCUGCUGUUGGCGUCACUGCCUCUGAGGAUAUACUACUAUGGCUGGCAACCUCAGCUGUCUCAAACCACAUGUGAAGUGACAGGGCUGCUGCUCUUGGUUAACAUAUAUGGCAGCAUCUUCUUUCUGACUUGCAUCAGCUCAGACCGUUGGAUGGCCGUGUGCUUUCCCCUCAGAUCCUGGGCCCAGGCAAUACGCCAACAAGCCAAGUACAUCUGUAUGGGUAUAUGGACCUUGAGCAUUGGGGGAACCAUCCCCACAUACUUUGCUGACAAGAAUUCUGUGAAAAACAGCACUCUCUGCUUCGAUGAACAUCCUCACUAUAUCACAAAUGUUGGUAUUUCCAGUGCUAUGGUGCUAUGCUAUGUCAUUACAUUGGUUGUCAUGGUAACCUCUUCCUAUGGUCUGCUGCGUAUUUUUCACCGGAGUGCAAGUGUUGAGAUGGAGCUGAUCAAUAUAUCCAAGAUCAGGUUUAUGGUACUGAUGAAUGUAGCCAUCUUUCUGGGCUGCUUCUUGCCCUACCAUUUGACUGUCCUUAGCUAUCUUGUACCAGGGUUGAACAAAAAGUAUUUAGAUCAGGGGUACAAAUAUGUCCUGCUCCUGUCCUGUGUGAAUGCUGUCCUAGAUCCUCUGGCCUAUUACUUUACCACUGAGACUUUCCAACGACUAGUACCCCUAGAGCCAUUCCUUAGGAGCCGGGUUUCACACAGUGACUAUGUGGAAGAAGUAAUGCUGUCUGACCAGCCCUUGAGAGCAGAGCUUCCCCCUGCUUUUGGCAUUCCUCUAUCUUGAACAAGGAAGAGGCCAUUGGAGCAAGGCAGCCUUUGCGGCAUAUGCAUUUGCCAUUUUACACAUGGUCUGGUGUAAUUACAUUGCUAAAAUAAGGAAAGCAUUCAUGCCAGGAAAACAUUCAGUCAACAACCGGUCUGGGUAGACUGGUGAAGUUUGCUGACUGUUGCCUUGGGAAAUUACAAACUCCCCAGCUCAAAUUAGGGAGUCCACUAGAGUUGUGUGGUCAAUAAAUUUAAAUCAAACAAACA